AUGAAGGUUGUGGCACCUCGUGUGGGACCGCCCGCUAAGGGACGCUGCGCCCUCGAGGGCGAGCAUGCUCGCGAGUCAGGCAAGAACAUGGGGGAGGUGGAAAAAAGGUCACGCGCGUUGGAACGGCAGCUGAGGGUGUUGCUAAAUGAGCGCGAAGACCACCUGGAUGCUUUGGAGGAAAUGCAGCGAGCGGCUCGAAGCUCACAGGUGGAGGUUGAACAGCUGAGGGAGGAGCUUCGAAUAAAAGUUGCUGAGGUGGAGGAGGUGCGACAGAGGGCCAGCAAAGAAGCUUUGUGGCUGGUGAAGAGCGAGUGGUAUGACAAACUUGACGAUCUGGCAAGGAACAACACGGAACUUUUUCGCGAGGUGAAUCUUCGGGACAACCACAUUGCGGAGCUCCAGCAGCAGGUGUGCGAAUUCAACAAGGUAAAAAACAAAGAUGCCUCGUUGCCUGAAAAAGUCACAGUACUGACGGCGGAGCUCUUGCGUCGGGAAAAACUAAUGGGUGAAAAAGACGCUGUGCUUUACGCCUACGAAGCGCGUCUGGAGCGGGCGGAGCGGGCGACCCUCAGUGCACUGGAGUCGCAGUGCAAGGUGGAGACUCGGGUUUGUGAGCUUUUGAGAGAGCGGGUUGAACAUCUGCGGGCAUUGACGUCGUUGUCUGCACGAAAUGAAGAACUUGAAGCAUGCUUGGCAAAGGACAUGCCGUGUGGUUCAGGUGUGAGCGAUACGGUGGUGCACGUGUCAGAGCAGCCCAUUGAUAUGUGUGAGGAGACGGGGACGGAUAUCGGUCAGUUGGGGAAAUGUGAGUCUCUGGUCAGCCUUCUUAUGUUCCGUCUUGCCGCCAAUGAAGCCCAGAUGCAGUUGAGAAGUCGACUUCUAAAGUGGGUGGCAUUUGCGCUUCAGAAGAAGAGUGCAGAACUGCGGAAUAGUAAGACCGGGGCCCUCGUCUUUUCGGCCUCCAGUGCCUCGUUAAGGUACGCCUCGGAAAUAAAUGGCAGUGACGUUUGCUUGGCGGAGGAGGAAGUAACAAUGUUACAAAGGGAGGCGCAACCUUGCGAAGAGACGCGUGAGCAGCUGCAGAUUGCCCGAAACGAAUUGAAAGUGCAGCGGGAGGAGUAUGAAUGGAAGGAAAGGGCGUACAAGGAGAGAGAAGACAAUCUCUUGAAAAAGAUUGAAACACUCUUGCAGCAACGGACCCGGGAGCCGACAGAAAAGGUUUGUGCGGCAAGUGAGCAGUCGGUCCGCCCGAAUUCGUCUAGUUGCACGAGUGCUGAAGGCCCGUUAUCAGAGGCCAAGGUGAACUCGAAUUCCGUCACUCCCCAAAGUUUGUCCGAUGCCUUUUUGACACAAAACGAACUGGCUCCAGGUGGUAUGAGUGUAACUGAGGAGGAGAAGGAAAAAGCUGAGAAGGCUCUCUCGAGCGCUGUUGAGAGUCUUACUUUGCUGCAAGACAAAUCAGAGAUUAAUGCCAUUAUCACAACGCUUCUUUCUUUGCAUCGAGAAGGGCUUGAGGUGUGGCGUAGGAAAGCGUUAUUGGCGGAACAGCGAGUGGAGAACUGGGAGGCAGCAUUUUCUACGCUAUCAGUUUUCCUUCAGGGAAGCAUACUUCCCUACGUGCUCGUGCUGGAUGAGAUGUACGCCACUGCCGUGACAGAUAAAAUGAAUCUGUUUGCCGAGGCCACCUGCUGCAUAACAGGAGAAGCUUCCACUAACAUGUACGAGGUGCGUGGGUGCGCUCUGAAGGUCAGCAGAGAAUUUAUCAUGUUGAAGUACUGGGGUAACUGGCGACUUUCUCUGGAGGCUUCCCGGUUGGUUAGGUUGAGGGAAAAGGCAACCCGAACGAUGUCUUCCAUGGCUGAGCAAUAUGAGCAGCUGGGGGCUAUCACUCAACGUGCAAUGACGCGAAUAAAAGAUCUCGAGGGAUCUUCGGGUGACACCCGUACUGUUGUCGCAGGUGUGUAG